UGGCAUCAAAAGUCCCCAGGGAGGCUGGUCUGCAGACAAUAGCACUGUCAUUCCGCCUCCUCCCUUUGAAGUCUAUGGUGGAGACCGCGGAGCUGCCCAGAGCGCGCGCGCCUCACCCCAGCCUUCUUCUCUUCCGCGAGACGCGCGCACAGAGAGACAGACGCCGGCAUCAAAGGCCCCAAGCGCGUCCCCGCUGCCUCGCAGCCGCCGAGGGAUCGUUCGGAGCUCAGGCCUGAGUGAUUCGGGGCCAACAUGGCGCUCGUGCCCUGUCAGGUGCUGCGAGCGGCGAUCCUCCUCUCCUAUUUCUCCAUUCUGUGCAACUACAAGGCAAUUGAUAUGCCUGCGCAUCAGACCUAUGGCGGCAGCUGGAAAUUUCUGACGUUCAUAAAUCUGGUUAUUCAAGCAGUCUUUUUUGGGAUCUGCGUACUGACUGACCUUUCCAGCCUUCUGACCAAAGGAAAUGACAGCCAAGAACAAGAAAGACAACUAAAAAAGCUAAUUUCCCUCCGUGACUGGAUGAUGGCUGUCUUAGCUUUUCCUAUUGGAGUUUUUGUUGUGACAAUGUUUUGGAGCAUCUAUAUAUAUGACAGAGAACUAGUUUACCCCAAACUCCUCGAUAAUUUUAUACCACCUUGGCUGAAUCAUGGAAUGCAUACAACUGUUUUGCCUUUUAUAUUAAUUGAGAUGAGAACAACACAUCAUGAAUACCCCAGCAGGACCUGUGGACUGAUUGCCGUGUGCACUUUCUCUAUUGCCUACAUAUUAUGGGUCUGUUGGAUAUAUCAUGUAACAGGGGUUUGGGUGUAUCCCCUCCUGGACUACCUUGGCUCAGAAGCUAAAAUUAUCUUCUUCGCAACUGUAACUGCAAUAAUUAACAUCUUCUACUUGCUGGGUGAGGUACUAAACAACUGCAUUUGGGAUACACAAAAAUGUAUGGAAGAAGGAAAAGAAAAAACUAAAUUGGACUAAACAUAGGAUGAAAGAGAGCAAAAGAUAACUUGUCACUGUCUGGAAGGCACCUCAAUGUCAAUUUGCUGGAGGAGGCAAAUUCCACGAACACUGCAUCCAGGAUACUUUUAAUUUUCUAAAAAGGGAUAUUGAUUUAGUGACACAUUCCUCCUUCCGAUAACUGUAUCUGCCCAUGAGAAUACGUAUGAUGGAUAUCACCACAAAGUCCUCAACACAUGCCAUUAUGCAUAUCAAUGUUAAGCAUCUUCCUAUCAGAAAGAAGACUGGAAGGGUUCUGUUCUAUCUCUGAUGUACAGAUAAGAUUAAGCAGACCAAGACUGAAAUCAAUGGGGAAAUCAUCUACAUUUCUAAUUGUCUGAAACAGUGGAUCAGCCCCCAUGAACAAAUCAAAGAAUUCUGUGGUAUUACAGUCAUAAAGUUACUGGCAGCGUUGGGGAAACAAAAGCUGAAGGUGCAAUAGGAGUUGAAGGGUGAGGUUGCUUGUGGGAGACUGAGUAUACCUGUGGGGCCCAGAAUGACAAUGUAAACUGUUUAUAUUCCUUCUUCCCUCUUGAGCUGUGUUUUAAUUUGUUCAAGGAGCAGAUGUAAUGUAACAAGCUGCUUUAAAUCAGUGGUGCUAAUCAUCAGAGCAAACUAGGGCUGCCAAAUGCCCCCGGGGGGCAGAAUUCCCCCCGCUUUCGAGCCCCGAUUUCCACU